UAAGCAGAUAACACGAUGUGUCACGGCUUGCUUUGGUUUGGGUUUGGUUUGGCUCUGGCUUUGGGGCAUGAUAAGCAGAAACUAAUGCAAUCGCUGGCAGACGAGACACGGCCCCAUGAUGCCUCUAAUCUCACGUACCUGCCCCCAGUUGUAGGCGUCCAAUUACAGUCGUCGAAGACUCUGCUAACGGCUAACGGUCUUGCCAAAGAUCAAUGGAGCAUCAGUGCGAAAAUGGUCAACCACCUGCCGACACGACUUCUUCUGAUCACACUGCUGAUGGCUCUCGGCUCCUGCCACGGCACGCAGGCUUCAGAUGAGGCGGAUGCCAAAUGGAUGGCUCCGCUCAAACAGUACGGAUGGAGUGCCAGCCACCUGAAAAACAGAGUGGAGCACGGCGACUUUACCACCUUCGAGCUGGGCACACCCAACUACCAGAUACUCAAUCCGGAGGAUGAGCCCGAGUACAUCACGGCGGAUCAGCCCCACUACCAGGAGAUGCUGCGACGGCUGACCAGCGCCCAGAGCGGUACGGACACCAUCGAUGUGGCUGUGGCUGGCGGCCCUCGUAUCCCCCAACCUACGCCCAAUCCGCCAAUCUACGCACAAGCGCAAUUUAAGGACCAUUUGAAUGUUCCGUCGCAGCGUAAGCUCCAGGCCGGAAUCAGAAUCAGUCACUGGGAGAAGUUAAAGAAGAAGCGCAGCUUCUAUGAUGGAGAGGAAGACGAGGAUGCUGUGGAGGCCGAGCCAUUGGAUGAACAGAGUUUGCAUCCGAAAAUACAGGUCUAUGCCGGGGCCAGACCUUUCCAAAAUCGUGUGACGAAUCUAAGUUGAAGUUCCCUCUGUGACCCAUUCAGUCUUUCUCUCAUAUUUAUUCUUUAUUUUGUUUUAAGAUCUAAAAAAAUGAUACGCGUUUAAAUGAAUAAAUUACAGUCGGAAUUCGUA